AUCCUUUCCAUGUUAACCUUUUGAAUGAUUUCUGAGGGAAAAAGUUGAGAUAGGAGGGAAAGAGCAAGAUGCUUUGAAAGUUCUCAAGGUGAAUAAUUUAAAUUGAAUCACUAAACCCUAUACUAUAUCAUUCAUUAUUUUAUUAGGUCUUUUGUAGUGAUUUUCUGAAUUCUAAACCAAUGCUAUAAAUAUAACAUUUCUGAUGGUUUUCUUUCAAGGUUGCUUUUACUGUUAAUAAAAACCAUGAUCACAUCUCUCCAGAGCCUUGUGUUUUCUUCUGCACUUGAACACAAUGAUGAGGAUGAUUAAUGACAGCACAGGAGGUGACUUCAUCUUGGUUGGUUUUUCAGACCAGCCCCAGAUAGAGAAGAUACUCUUCAUUGUUGUUUUGAUCUCCUACCUUCUGACUCUGGUAGGCAACACUGCUAUCAUUCUGGUCUCUCGCUUGGAUCCCAAACUCCACACACCAAUGUAUUACUUCCUUACCAACCUUUCCCUCAUUGAUCUUGGCUUCACCACAAGUAUUGUUCCUCAGCUGUUGUGGAACCUGAGGGGACCAGCCAAGACCAUCACUCCCAUAGGCUGUGCCAUCCAACUCUAUGUCUCUCUGGCCCUGGGCUCUACUGAAUGUGUUCUUCUGGCUGUCAUGGCAUUUGAUCGGUAUGCUGCUGUAUGUAGACCACUCCACUAUGCUACUUUCAUGCACCCAAGACUAUGUCAGACUCUUGUAGGAGUUGCAUGGGUGAGUGGUUUGGGCAACACAUUAAUUCAGGGCACCAUCACUCUUAAGUUGCCUCUCUGUGGGCACAGAAGGCUUUAUCACUUUAUAUGUGAAGUUCCUGCUAUGAUCAAAUUGGCAUGUGUAGAUAUUCAUGCCAAUGAAAUACAGCUUUUUAUAGCCUCCUUGGUUUUGCUUCUCCUGCCUCUGGGGAUGAUUUUAAUUUCCUAUGCGCUCAUUGCUCAGGAAGUGAUGAGAAUCAGGUCAGCUCAAGCUUGGCAAAAAGCCAUAAAAACCUGUGGGUCACAUCUUUUGGUGGUGUCCCUCUUCUAUGGGCCAAGCACAGCUGUUUAUAUUCAACCCAGCAGUUCCUAUGCCCACAGACAGGGUAAAUUUAUCACACUUUUGUACACUGUGGUGACACCUACCCUCAAUCCUAUUAUUUAUACUUUGAGGAACAAAGAUAUGAAAGAGGCAUUGAUAAAGCUUUUAGGAAAAGAUACAAGGUAA